AAUGCACUUGGCCACCGCGGCUUUUCCUCCACGUUACGCAGCAGGAAAAAGAAACAGGAGAGGAAAAGGCACUACGACACGCCCCGUAGCUAUCGCUGCUCCUUGAAACCCUGUCCAACGACACGACAAGACACAAUUCGGGAUGAGCAUGCCGGCGCGACCACAGCCGUUCUGCAGUUGGCGCAUUCAUGUUUGGCUGACAGCCAAACGUUGAGUCAGGCUUCCAGGGAAAUUCUCUGGUGUUCUAGCUGAAUGCCAUUCACCAAGGGUCGAGCCCUGCUAUAGUAGGAGACCGAUAAAAGAAAGACGGUCCCGUGUCAACCGCAACCGCCGGCGUCUUUUGAAAAUACGGCCCCGUCCAAGCUCAGUAACACACUUCCACAGCAUGAACGACACAGGCUUCCAGUCAUUUUCUCUCCUCGUCUCCCUAGUCAAAACCCGGUACACCGAUGCGUGCCUGAUCCCGCAUGUUCGUGACACCUCGUUCACCACCUAACAGCGCCUCAUGCAUUUACCUCGCUUCGACGGUUCCAAAAUGAUCCAGGCCGUGGAUGAGCCGAGAUCAUCACAAGCCCAAAAGGGCGGGUUUCGAUGACGGCCUUGCCAAAUGCAGCCAGCGUCAACCAGCACCACUCUGGCAAUUUGAACGAACGGUCUGAACGAACGGUCUGAACGAACGGUCUGAACGAACGGUCUCUGCCCCCAGUCCAGUGGUGCAUGGACGACCCUCGAUCGGAAAUCAAGUAGCCCCAAGGCCGGUUCAUAACUGGAUGCUGCUACCUGACAAUGAUGUUCCAGUCUCUGAAAUCCGAUGGAUCAUAAUUAGGCCAUUAAACUCGUCUGCGCACAGUCGCCCGAGCGAACCGCGCGCAAAACGCUCUCAAUCACCUCUCGGUUCUCGGCCAACUCGACUGACCGCCUUUCCCCUUUCGGUCGGCUUCGAGACGACACGCCAUCUUUAUGACUCUUUAGCACUGGGGCGGCGGACUUGCACAUGCCCGGCGCAAGCGCUCUCCAAAACGACAAGGCCAGAUACGCCUGGCCUCGCUGGGACGGGAUGGACAGAUCUUCGUUGGAAACAAGCUGUUUUGCCUACUGCAGUUAGUCGGAGUUGACACUCGGGGCCAGACGGACGUAGACAGUUGGCGGUGGCGGGCGCUCGCAGGCGGAACAUAACCUUGUGUCAAAGCCUGUCUCCGUAGCCGCCCAAAGCAGCGGCCGCUCAGCCAAGGGUGGUCCCUCGUGAAGCGAAUGGCUCCAGACCUUGCUUGUGCUGCUUGUCCUACCGGACCUCUGCAGCUCGAAAUCCUACAGCCGGCGGGUACUCCUUCAGCACACCAAGGUCUCAGGUCCUGGUUCUCGGGGAUCGUCACUCAUCACACACCCAAUGUGAGACUCGGGUCUCGCCUCGUCUCGAUCAAAACUCCGAGUAUCAGCCACACCGCUGGAAUGUGGAGGGAUCGCGGCUCUGGAGAUUACCCAGUUGAGACGGGCAGCUCAAGUCACUACAAUCGCCUCCUACUCGUCACCGACGCUUUGAGCGCUGACACGUUGGGAUGAUGAGCUCGUCUCUCGUUGGCACCCCUGCGGCACCGAAUUGGAGUUUUGGGGCCGCUCACCAUCGCCACCGUGCCGGUCCACAUACACGAACCGCCACGCGGAGUUGCCAGUCUCUUCCGAAGGCCCUGCGGGGGAUGGCACAAGUUCUUGUGAGAGACGCGGCCACGGGCGGCGAUCUAACAUCAUGAGCGAAUCCCUUGAAGUGCAUGAGAUUUUCAUCCUGGCUUCCCCGUCACGGCACGGCUCAGUCGAUAUUCCAUGCCAUUUGGCUGACCGGUUGGUUGCCGGGCUUGCUGGAGGCGGGGUCGGGCAGGUAGUGUCCAGGGCUGAAUCAAAGACAGCGCUCACCAGCUAGGGCCACUAGAUGUAAUGCUAGAUAAAGACCGAUGCGCACGUUGCGACGACACCCAUAUGCAUGGCUUAUCCCGUGCUACGAACUCCCGGAAACAUGUUCACAUCGGUAUUGGGCCGAAUGUCUCAAGUAACGUUCAACUGGCGAUCGAAUGGAAAAAGUGGGGAUCACAACCUCACAACCUCACAACAGAUGUGAGCGAGCUCAAGAUGAAGGGUGGGUUUGGUAGAAGUAGCAAGUAGAGACG